UAUUAACAGUGAUUUUUACAAUGACACAAUAAGUAUUUAAAAUCUAUUAUUUGUGGUAAUAAUUUAGAUUAUUUAACACAACGUAAUCCAAUUUUUGAACGCCACAAAUUUGAUAUAAACAGCAAUUAUUCUGUUCGAGAAACGUUUUACGAUUCUCUCAUGUUUUCCCGCCUUCGAACACUAUUGCCAAAUUUAAUUGUAUUUCAUUUUUACUCUAAUAUAAUUUACUUUUAAACAGUAUUAAAUGAAACAAUAAUCGAAAACUAAAAGAAGAUGAAACUUACAUGUACCAUAGAAGUUAAUAACAGAUUGUCUUCAACAAAUAUAAUAAGAAGAAAACCUCAGCGUUCCAUUUUAGUAAUUGGAAGACACUCAGUAAAAAGUAAAGAGUUACAUCUUCUCUGGCAAACAUUACAAAAUAAACAGGGUACUAAGUAUAAGAUUGAUGGUAACAUAGACAAAGUAUUUACAAAAUUUAUCAAUGAAGGAAAAGCUACAAUUCGUAUAAUAGAACCUCCUCAUGAUUUAAUUAUUCAGUCUGAUACAAUUCAAUUGAAAAGUUUUAUUCAUAUUUUAAAACUUGUAAUAUCUAAGAAAGCAGAUCCUUCAGUUCUUACCAUUUCAAAUUUAAAUCCAAAAAAUGUAACUUCCAUUCCAAAAGUUAAAGUUGUAGUUAAUAAAGUAUCAGACUAUCCCACUUUGGAAGGAUUCCCAAGAACAACUAAAGAAUUGUACUUAACUGGAUUAAAUAGGAAAUCAUUUGACAGACAAAUUUUAAAGUUGCAAAGUCUAAGAAUUUUAGAUUUAUCUAAUAAUCAAAUUUCAUCUAUACCAGCAGAAUUAGGUGCAUUAGAACACUUACAAGAAGUUAUUCUGUCACAAAAUCGUCUUGACAAAGCUUUGAAAUGGGCAUGGUUGGAUCAGACUGCUAUUAAAUCCAACUUAAAAUUAUUAGACAUAAGUGAUAAUUCGUUAAUAAAAUUACCAGAACAAAUUGGAAAACUUUAUGGUCUGGUUAAUUUAAAGGCUAGUAAAAACAUGUUAGUAUAUUUACCACAAAGUAUUGGCAGAUUAUCUAGUUUAAAAUAUUUAGAUGUAUCAAAGAAUAAUUUAAAGCAUUUGCCUGGAAGUAUGAGAAAUCUACGACUGAUAUUAUUAGAUGUUUCCGAAAAUAAAUUCCAAAAAACAGAUUUAUAUUUCACAUGUAAAAUGAAUGUACCAAGUUUACUUGAAUGUGGUGCUAGAGCAGUUCUCAAAACAAGAUGUCCAUAUGAUGCAAGUAUAAUUCCAUUCACGUUGGUGAGGUAUUUGAAUGAGGCAAACUAUUGUGUCUGUGGUAAUGCUUGCUUCCAAUAUUACAUACGAAAAUUUGUAGAAUAUAAUUUAAGUACUAUAGCUAGCAGUGUAAAAUCGUCAGAAAGUAGUAUAGUACAAUUCGAUUGUUAUUUUUGUACAACAAGAUGUGAAAGUAACUAUGCAAAAGUACACUAUUAGAAUAUUUUUUAAUAAUUUCUAUAUUUUUUUACAAAUGUCUUAUAAAUAUAUAUAUAGUAAUUUAUUUAUAGCACAAUACUUUUAUAUCUCAGUUUGUAU